GGAGAGGGGCGGGGGAGGCGGAUGAGGAGGAUGAGAUCAUAGCUUCAGGAUCCUCAGGAAACCCUGGUACAGGCAGCAGCCAGCCUCCGCUGUGCCCACAUGACCCACAACUCUGGCAGCGGACCCGGCACUUCCAACAUUACUAAAUAAUCAGAGAGCGGCUCCCACUCAAGGCCCACACCUCCCUGCAGACGAUGGACACCUUCUAAGAGUUUGGAGAGUGGGUGACCCAGGCGCCCGUCCAUUGCAAGAUAAAUAGGAUUUAUAAACCCUGGGGAGUACUUGAGAAGCCUUCAAAUGCCACAAUCAACUGCUACUUCAAAGAAAACUAAAUAGAUGGUUCUGGAAGGUCCAUGCUGUUUCUUCAUUGAAUUUUAGAAUGAUUGAAGAUAGUGGGAAAAGAGGAACUACCAUGGCAGAGAGAAGACAGCUGUUUGCAGAGAUGAGGGCUCAAGAUCUGGAUCGUAUCCGACUCUCCACCUACAGAACAGCAUGCAAGCUGAGAUUUGUACAGAAGAAAUGCAAUUUGCACCUGGUGGACAUCUGGAACGUCAUCGAAGCCUUGCGGGAAAACGCUUUGAAUAACCUCGACCCAAACAUAGAACUCAAUGUGGCCCGCCUGGAGGCUGUGCUCUCCACCAUUUUUUACCAGCUCAAUAAACGGAUGCCGACCACUCACCAAAUCCAUGUGGAGCAGUCCAUCAGUCUCCUGCUGAACUUCCUGCUCGCAGCCUUUGACCCGGAAGGCCAUGGUAAAAUCUCAGUAUUUGCUGUCAAAAUGGCUUUGGCCACAUUGUGUGGCGGGAAGAUCAUGGACAAGUUAAGAUAUAUUUUCUCAAUGAUUUCUGACUCCAGUGGGGUGAUGGUUUAUGGAAGAUACGACCAGUUCCUUCGGGAAGUUCUCAAACUUCCCACAGCUGUUUUUGAAGGUCCUUCAUUUGGCUAUACAGAACAGUCAGCCAGAUCCUGUUUCUCCCAACAGAAAAAGGUCACCUUAAAUGGCUUCUUGGACACGCUCAUGUCAGAUCCUCCUCCACAGUGCCUGGUCUGGCUGCCUCUUCUGCACCGACUGGCAAACGUAGAAAAUGUCUUCCAUCCAGUGGAGUGCUCCUACUGUCACAGCGAGAGCAUGAUGGGAUUCCGCUACCGAUGCCAGCAGUGCCACAACUACCAGCUCUGCCAGGACUGCUUCUGGAGGGGCCACGCCGGAGGUUCCCAUAGCAACCAGCACCAAAUGAAAGAGUAUACGUCAUGGAAAUCGCCUGCUAAGAAGCUAACGAAUGCAUUAAGCAAGUCCCUGAGCUGUGCUUCAAGCCGUGAACCUUUGCACCCCAUGUUCCCAGAUCAGCCUGAAAAGCCACUCAACUUGGCUCAUAUCGUUGAUACUUGGCCUCCAAGACCUGUAACCAGCAUGAACGACACACUUUUCUCCCACUCGGUUCCCUCCUCAGGAAGUCCGUUCAUCACUAGGAGUAUGCUUGAGAGUUCAAACCGGCUUGAUGAAGAACACAGGCUGAUCGCCAGGUAUGCGGCACGCCUGGCAGCAGAAUCCUCCUCAUCCCAGCCGACUCAGCAGAGGAGUGCUCCCGACAUCUCCUUCACCAUCGAUUCAAAUAAACAGCAAAGGCAGCUGAUUGCAGAACUAGAAAACAAGAACAGAGAAAUCUUACAAGAGAUCCAGAGACUUCGGCUAGAACAUGAGCAAGCUUCUCAGCCCACACCAGAGAAGGCACAACAGAACCCAACCUUGCUGGCAGAGCUGCGACUCCUCAGACAACGCAAGGAUGAGCUAGAACAGAGAAUGUCUGCACUCCAGGAGAGUCGGAGGGAGCUGAUGGUCCAGCUGGAAGGUCUCAUGAAGCUGCUGAAGACCCAGGGGGCAGGCUCCCCUCGCUCCUCCCCCAGCCACACCGUCAGCAGGCCCAUUCCCAUGCCCAUCCGGUCAGCAUCUGCCUGCUCCACCCCAACGCACACCCCUCAGGACUCCCUCACUGGGGUAGGGGGAGAUGUGCAAGAGGCCUUUGCACAAAGUUCAAGAAGGAAUUUAAGGAAUGACUUGCUGGUCGCCGCAGAUUCCAUCACUAACACUAUGUCCUCGCUGGUGAAAGAGCUGAACUCAGAGGUGGCGAGUGAAACAGAAAGUACUGUGGAUUCUGAAUUUGCAAGAACUCGGUUUGAAGGUCUGGUUCCAUCACCAACCUCUGAAAAGGCUUUUCUAGCCCAAAUCCACGCCCGAAAACCUGGGUACAUCCAUGGUGGAGCUGCAAGUACCAUGCACGGCGACAUCGUCCCGGAAGAUGGGGAUUCUUACGUCCAACCCGAGGAUGAGAACUACGAACAUGAGUCUGUGCGACAGCUGGAGACGGAGCUGCAGAUGGAGGAGUACCUGAAACAGAAGCUGAAGGACGAAGCCUUCCAGGUCAGCUUGCAAGGUUGAAUGCAAUACCCUUUCUCACUCUCCUCUCAAGCAAGCUAUAGUCAGACAGAUGAUGAAAGUCACAUGGCAUCCGGUGACGGAGAGAGCUGCACUUGCAAAGAGGAGGAAGACAGCAGCGUGGCAGCAGCCUCACCCUCGCUCGCUCGGAGAGAGGAGCCUCCACCUCCAGCACCUCCAGCAACCCCCUCCCCUAAAGCUGUGUUCUGAUGCCUGUAGUGCAGCUAGCUUUCUGUUCCAAGAUUUGUAGUUCAUAGGUGUGUGUUUUAGAGGGGGGGCGGGGGGCCAAGACUUCUGUUCCUAGACAAUUUAUCAGCUCCAUCUCCUGUAACAUGGCUCAUCCCUGGUUCAGAGCAAACAUCCAGCGGCUGAGAGCCUGCUGCUGUUACACUGGACAGUAGUAUGUAUGAGCGUUUUAAACCUUUGCACACAAUAUUGAACCCAUUCAGUUUACAAUGACAAUAUUAAUACUGUUUGUAGCUAGAAGUUUCGUUUCUGGAUUUUUUGAGAUUUUAGCAAAGACCAUCGUCUUAUUAUAUACUACACACUCCCCCCCCACACACACACACACAGCAAUUGAAGGGGAAGAAAACAACAACCCGCAAUAGGAUUUGGUUUCUGAGUGUCCAGACUCAGAACCCAGAAGCCAAGAAGGGUCCUUGGCCUGCCCAGGUCUCCAAGUCCCUCUGAAAAAUGACUUAAACCUACCACCAGGAGUAAUGGGUUCUUGAGGGCUUAUCUCCAACUUCGGGUUGUUUUCCUUCAAGAUACUCUAAUGAGUCAGCCAUAGAAUUUAAUGUAAAUACUUUUCCAAAUAGAUAUCAUAUUAAAGAGAAAGAGAGAGAAAAAACAUUCAAAUGAUAUAGAAUCUAGUUUUUAAAAUCAGCACAGAUCUUCCUAAAAACUGUGAACUUGUUUUAAAAUACUCGUUACUAAAGCUGUUUAUAAACCACAGGUGCCAUAAGACCCCCCACGGACUCCCGUUCUCUGCACACUCCUCCAGGUCUCGCUCCCCACAGUGUACCCUUAGGAAGCAUGUCUUACCCAGCACUGCUCAUUGACGAGUCCCCUCAUCGGCUAGUUCCGAGGCCUUCAGCUUUAAAUGUAUGGGCUUCAAGUGCGCUUGCAGACCUUCACCCGCUUUUCUUUCUGAAUGUCGAUUGCCUUACCUGGCCGCCUGUCGUUCUGCAUGCAGCGUCGUGUGGUCUUGUGAAAGGAGACAGGCCCCUUCCAUGUGGGCUUGGGAUGUCACACUCAGUGUGAAGCUGGUGUGCGAAAGAACGGUCAAAGACAAGAGGAUAAGAGCCCGGGGAUGGUCCUUCACGAGGCCCCUCAGUAGAGAGACCUCCAAAGGGCCUCUUUUAGUGAUUCUGGGGGAAAUGGAGAAGUCAUUGGUUAUUUCAAGAUCUCCUGUGUAAGGAAAAGGAGAAGCCAGACACCUGCUGCCUUAAGCUAGCAGCCUCUCUGGAAUGCCUGGGUUUUUCUUCUAAAAGAAAGAAGGGAACAUCAUCGCAGAGCAAUGAUUCUCUGAGUGUGUCCCUCAGACCAGCAAUGUUCAUGUCACCCAAAAGUCUUAGCAAUGCAGUUUCCUAGACUCCAACCCAGACCCACUGAAUCUGAAACUCUUGGGCCUGAGCCUAGUGAUCCAUGUGUUAAUCAGUCCUCCUAACAAUUCUGAAGUAGGUUAUAAGAUAGUAAGCAUUGGUCUCGAAUAGAGCUGCCCAGCAAAGGCUGAAAGAAGCCUUAUCCAGGCUAGGUUGUAACUCAGUUGGCUGAGUGCUUGCCUAACACACACAAAGCCCUGGGUUCAAACUUCCAGAGCUGUAUAAACCUGGCACGAUGACACAUGCCUAUGACCCCAGCACUCAGGGGAUGGAGGCAGGAAGAUCAGGAGUUUCAGGUCAUCCUCGGCUACACAGUGAGUUUAAGGCUAGCCUGGGAUCCAUGAGACCCUGCCUUGAAGGAGGGGGCGGAGUAGUCAGAAUAGAUAAGAAACGCUGUAAGUGGACCUCAGAUUUAAUUUUGCUCACUGGGCUGGCAAAAGCCUCCUCCCACCCCAUACACCUAGUCUGUAUUGAGUGGCUAAUGACUCACUUUCUGGCCCGACUGUCUGUAGAGGGCUGUUGGAUGCUCUUGCCUCUGCAUUUGAUCAGAAACCUUCUCCUUGGCUGCCCUUUUAAACAAAAUCGUUUGCCUUGAGGAUAGCUGAGAGAUUGUUUGGCAUCGGUAGAUGACUCCGUGCUGUCCCUGGGUGUUAUUUGUCUAUUUCUCUUGAGAAAACCCGUCUCGCAAAAUUCCCUGAGCACAGGCUAGCACCAAAGUUUCACAACUGCACAGUUCUCUGAUGUCUUUGCACAGGUGGAUUUUUUUUUUGCGGGUUUUGUUGGUGUGUCUUAACGUUCAUCUCUUCCCCUGCCCAUCCUCUGUGAAAUCACACCUCUCUAGAUGGUGCAGGUGGCCAUUGGUGCCUCAUACUCAGUACUGAAAACCACUACAUCCCAGAUACCUGCAUUUCUGUCAGCUCGACAUCAGAUCUCACUAACUGGACUGAGCUGACCCUUGUCGUCUCUUUGGUUUUCUGUAUCAAAUGUGUGUCUAAGGUUGAAACCAUUCUCCCGACAACCUUCCCUCUUGUCAGGGCUGCCAUUGCUGAGCAGCUCCAUCCCAUGAUCUAGACUCCAUCGUACAAAGCCAUUGCAGGAACUCUCUGGAACCACUACCAGUGAGCAAUUUCUCACUAACCAGCCACCUUUUCUUUCUCUUAGCUCCACGUCAGCACUGAGACCAGAUUCAAGCACCCCUAUCCUGUAACCGAGACAAAAUGGCGUGUGUUGUUUUGGGGUUUUGUCAUUGUCGGUGGAUUCCUUUCCUUGGCUCUCCAAAUUUACUUUUGGGGCCUGUUCUAAUUGCAAACCCAGCAGGUUUCGUCUACCCUGUCUGUUCUAUUCAACUAUAUCUCACAGGGGUUGUUCUUUCUUAUCCCACAAUGAAUUGCACAUCCAUGUCCAUCAGAGCUGAUGGCCUAUGAACGAGCACUGAUCUAGCACCGCCAAGCCUCCCCCACAGCACUGUGGUCAGGAGGUAGGUGAAAUCUACUGUAUAGGAUUCAGGAAUUGGUUGUGGUUUGUCGGGAUGGAAGUUGGGGUAAGUUUGGCUGGUCAGAGGGAGACGUGUGGGAGAUUACGAAGAUGGAUUAUCAUAUGCUCUAGAAUAAGGCAGGGAAGGUUCAUUUGUAAGUAGUAAAUGUGAACUGAGUUGCAUUAAGAUUGUGGCCUUUGUGUGAUAUAUACUAUGUAUUUUCUUAUAUGCAUGAGCCAAACUGUUGCGAUCUAAGUUAGCACUGGUGUCUGCUCUUAUUUUGACCAUCUUUGCCCACCAUUAUUAGUUCUUGGUUGUUAAGUGUAGAUAGAUCUUGUAAAUAUGGCAGCCUUUGAUUGCUGCGCUCACUUUGGUUCGAUUCCACACAAGGAACCACAGGCAAAGAACUCCACUGUGUCCUUGGAAGACAGGGCAUUUUUACUUUGAACCAAAAAAAGGAAAGAAAAAUCAGAAGCAUUCAUUGCAUCUCGAAGCUAAUUAACAUAAGACAUUUUAAAUUGUGACUACUGAAUUUGACCCCAUUUGAAAUAACCAAUUCAGAAACACUAAAAAGUACACAAUAUUCAUUGGGAUUGUAACAAAACUACUAUAAUAUGUUGUUUUGUUGAUAUUGCUGUUGAGUAUUGUUUUGUGUGUGUAUGUGUGUGUGUGCGGGCGUAUGUGUGUGUGUGUGUGUUGGAACCUCCUGGGGACAUGUUAUAUUUUGAAGUGAUUAAACUAUUUAAUUGUGUGUCUAUAUUUUGGAAUGAAAUUAUUUCUUCAUUAAAAAUGUUUUUUAAAACACUA